AAGAUGCAGUGGACCCCCGAGCACAGCCAGUGGGCCGAACAGCAUUUUGACAUCUCCUCCACUACGCGCUCGCCAGCCCACAAGGCUGAGGCCUACAGGGCGGUACCUGGCCACCUGCAGCGCUCUGCCGCCUACCAGUACGCCUGGGCCAAUGACGACAUCUCGGCCCUCACCGCCUCCAACCUGCUCAAGAAGUAUGCCGAGAAGUACUCCGGCAUUUUGGAGAUGCCGGGCUCCUAUCCUGAGGCCCCUGGGGUCCCAGGAGUGAUGAACGGCCGGAAAGGUGAAUCAGAGCCCUGGCAGGAUGGUGUCUAUCCCAUGAGCUGCAUCCCAGAGGGGGUUUCUGUCAGGAAGGGAGGGGUGGCGGCGGCUUCAGAGGUGGUGUCUGGCAUGUGCAGCUCCCCGGGCCUGGCCUCCAGCACCCUGAGUGAGCCCAGCUACUCCAGCAGCAGCUGUGGGAGCCACACGGCCACCGCCCUCCACUCCUCCUCCAUGCCCUCUCAGGAAUACGGCCCUGCAUACAGCAGCUCCUACCUGCACAGUAGUUACAGCUCCCAGUCUGCCCCCGCCCCAGCACUUCCCUCCCCACUGCACAGCUCUGGGCUCCUGCAGCCACCCCCUCCACCGCCCUCCCACCCCACUUUAGUCCCAGCUUACAACGGAGGCUCCCCCAACUUGUCUAGUUAUAAUUACCCCCCAGCAGGCUACCCAGCUCAGAGCUCAGUCGGGCCAGGGUACAGCCCAGGAGGGGCACCCCCUCCUUCCUCAUACCUCCCCUCAGGCAUCGCAGCACCUACGCCCCUUCCCCCCUCUUCUACCUUACCUGGAUACCCAUACCAGAGCCACAACCUGACCCCAAUUGCCCCCACCCCUCUUAACAGUAGCUCCUCCAACUCACUGAAGAGGAAAGCCUUCUACAUGACAGGCCAAGGAGAGAUAGACUCCACUUAUGGUAACUUUGGCUACGGCCAGGCUCGGAGCUCGGCUGAGAGCCCCAUGUACAGGAUAGCAGACAGCAGCAGUGCAAACGGAGGCUCCAACAGCGCCAGCGGCGGUGGAUUCGACCGAGGCGCUGAAAAGACGUCUUUACCUUUUAAUCCUCAGAAGCAGUCCACGAUGUCCUCAGAGCAGCAGCAGAGAAAGUACAGCAGCCAGGCAACAGGUGGGCCACUGACUCCACCGGCCUAUGUCACCUCCACCCUCGGGGGUUCCCGCUCAGCAGAUUCCCUCGUCAGCUUCACCUCCCCUUCCCUCAGUGAGCAAGGUGCCGAUGAUCACCGUCUCCACCUCUCACACUCAGCGCCAGGGCCUACCUCCUCCUCAUCCACUUCCUCCUCCAGGCCUGCUGAAGAGCAGCUAAAAACCAGUGACCCUCACCUCCUAGACAUGGUUACCUCUGAAAUUGUUCAGCAGGGGCCCCCAGUGGAUUGGUGUGACAUUGCAGGACUAGAACUGGCCAAGGCAACCUUGAAGGAGGAGGUCCUGUGGCCCAUUCUGCGCCCGGACAUGUUCAGCAGUUUGGGACCAGCCCCGCGGUGUGUGUUGCUGUUUGGCCCCAGGGGCAGUGGCAGGACGUUGCUGGGUCGCUGCCUGGCCAGCCAGCUGGGUGCACCGUUCCUCCAGCUCAGCGGUUCCACGUUGGCCACCAAGUGGCUGGCAGAGGGAGAAAAAAUUAUUCGAGCAUCCUUCCUGGUGGCGCGCUGUCGGCAGCCCUCGGUACUGUUCAUCAGUGAGGUGGACAUGCUGCUGUCAGCCCACCUCAGUGAAGAAAGUCCCAUCAACCGGCUGAAGGGGGAGCUACUUGCCCAGUUGGACUCGCUUCUCAUGGGCUCAGGCGAGGACGGAGGCAACCAAGUGUUGGUGGUUUGCUCCACAAGCAGACCCCAGGACAUGGACGAAGGGCUGCGCAGAUACUUUGCUCGGAGGGUCCUUGUGCCCCUGCCGGACAGCACGGCCCGACACCAGAUCGUGAACCAGCUCCUGGCUCAAUCUCAGCACAAAUACUGCUUGAGCGAGGAGGAGCUGGCGCUGCUGGUCCAGCGCACCGAGGGUUUCUCCGGACUGGACCUGGCCAGACUCUGCCAGGAGGCCCUCGUCGGCCUGUUACACGUCUCCGCACAGGGCAUGGACAUGACGGGUAUGAUGCCCCGGGGACAGGUCAGGCCCCUUGCCUACCAGGACUUUGAGAGUGUCUUUUGUAAGUUCCAAGCCAGUAUAUCGCAGAAAGAGAUCGACACGUACACUGAGUGGAACAAAAUAUUCGGCUGCAGCCAGUGA